AUGCAGGUGAAGGCCACCAAGGAGGGCAUCACAUUCACAGUCCAGGGCGACAUGGGUGCUGGCAAUGUCAUGCUGAAGCCGCGCGCGGCGGAGAAGCCCGAGGACGCGGUGAGCCUCACCGUGCACGAGCCAGUCUCCGCCACCUUCGCGCUGCGCUACCUGGUGAACUUCGCCAAGGCCGCGCCGCUGUGCGGCACUGUGGAGCUCGGGCUCGGCCCGGACGCGCCUCUGCUUGUGAGGUACAACCUCGAGAACGCGGACAAUGGCCACUUGCAGUUCUACUUGGCACCGAAGAUUGACGAGUGA